UGGCGGUGCCGCGGGGCGGGCCGGAGCUGAGGCGUCGCCAGGGCGGCGCUCGGGUUUGUUGUAGUAACGGCCGCGAUGGCGGCGCGGCCGCCCCUGCCUGACUCGGUGCUGGUGCAGGUCUUGGCGCUGCUGCCGCUGCGGGACCGGCUGCGAGCCGCCAGGGUCUGCCGGCGGUGGCAGCAGCUGGCGCAGGACCGAGCGGUCUGGACGCAUGUGGAUUUGAGCCCUCACCGGAUCAGCCGCCGCACGCUGUGGCACCUGGUGCGCCACCGCCUCCCCGACAGCCUGUGCACCCUGCGGAUGCGGGGCGUGCCGCGCUCCGGCGGCAAGCAGCGGCUGCUCUCACCGGCACUGCUGGCUGCCCUUCGCAAGCGCUGCCCCCAGCUCCAUCGGCUGUGCCUGACCGAGACUGACCUCCGCCACGUCCCGUACGAGAGCAUGCCCGCCUCCGUCACCACACUGGAGCUGAGCCUUUGCGACAUCCCCGAUGCCUGGUUCUGCGUUUCCCCUUCGGUGCCACCACCACAGGUACAACACCUCGCUAUCCACAGCAUUCCCACCUUUUCUGACCAUCAUCUUCUUGACAUUUCCUCACAGAGCCACUUGAAGACGCUGAGCCUUUGUGGCACCUACCGCGUCACUGAUAUGGGGAUCCAAGCAGCAGCUCCACACCUGGAAGAGCUUGAACGCCUGAUUCUGCGGCACUGCAUCAUUGGUGAUGCUGCCAUGGUAUUCAUCGGGCGCCACAUGAAGCAGCUCCGCUACCUGGAAAUCAGCAAUGCCUACUUCCUGACAAACAGGGGGCUGGUUGCUAUUGUGACACUGGAGCACCUGGAGACCCUGUGCCUUGACCUCUAUGAUUUGGUCUCCCUUGGUACUGUUAUCGCUUUGUUGCAAGUGCUGCCUCGCCUGAACCACCUCAAAUUAGGUGGAACUUGCUUUGAAGAUGAACUUCUCAAUCUUCAAGUCACUGUCAGACUGGUCAUGAGGAUUCCUGAACACCUGAUCCCAAGAGCCAGACAUCCUGUUUGCCCGAGGCAUUGCUGGGGCUGCUGUUACCUCUGGGUUUUGCUGGCCAGCCUUCCUUGUGACAAGAGCAUCCCACAGGAAACAGAGUGGGACAACUAAUGCCUCAGUUGAGCCUUUUCUGCCCUGUUUUCAUCCCAAACGCCCCCUGCCCUCCAUUCGGCUGCAGCACAUGCAAUAAUCCUUUGGGUUUCACACGGUCCUGGAUGGCAGUGACCCUCCUUGUGGUGAAAUCCUCAUUGCUGUCAGGCAGCCUUUGUGCCCUUGCCUCUUUUUUGUUCCUAAACCCACUCUCAGGGUAGCUUCAGGGCAAAUAUCCAAAGGUAAAACAUUCCAGCUCUGCUUUGGAAAACAUCCCAAGGCUGCUGACUUAGUAACUACCACUCUGUGUUUACCCCAGACAAGGAGAUGAACACUGGUGGAAUCAGCCUUAUUAAAACCUCCAGCAUUCCCUGUUCCAGCACUCUCUGGGAUGGGGAGGGACAGUACAACAGGAAAAGGGAAAAUCAAAAACAGUAAAAAUCCAUCAGUCGGUCAAGGCACAGUGAGAGGCAGCAAGAACCUCAAUGUUCUCCUGAUCUUUGCAGCAGGAUUUUUACAAUCCUGAUGGCACAACAACAGAAUUUAAUAUCCCCACAGUCACAACAUGCCAAUUUUACAUUCAGUAACUGCUAAACAGGGAACAGCAAUUACAAAUUGAUAUGGUGCAAAGUGGAGUGUUUUAGGUUUGGAAACAGGAGGGGAGCUGUAAAUACUGGAUUACUGUGGGCAAAUUAGGGGAAUAAACAACUGAAAGGUCUUUAAUCAGCAGUUCUGGUUCUGCCCACCCUCCCCACAUACCUGCUUGAAGCUCUUUGGAGGGCCGUUCUUGACCUUUAUCUCUUCUGAUUUCCAAAUUCAAGGGGUUUCUACUCAGUUCAUCUCCAUUUCAUCUUUUACUGACUUGAGUGUUUCUUCCCCCAGCCCACCUUCUCGGUGUCCAUAUAUAUCACACAUCAUUACAUCAAAGCCCAAAUGUUUAAAAAAAUACAUAAUAAAUGUCCAACAGAGA